AAAUGUAGCUAAUAGCUAGAGUGUUUGUCUUAAACUAAUUUUAACAACUAGUAACUAACAGUACCUAUACCGAAUUGGGCCAAUAACAGACUGCGUUGACCAAUCCGGCGGCAAAAGUUGACUCCAAAUUCCCCUCUCCGCUUCCGUCUCACUCGUAAUCGUCCUCCUCUUCCCAUUUCUGCUUCCUCCUCACGGGCGUGCGACGACGUCAGCAACCCCGCCGAGUACCCCUCCUUCCCCUCGCAGUCGCCGAGGGAGCAAUUCCGCCCCCAAUCGGCCGCCUGAACCCUUCUUCCUUCCCUUCCCGCGGCAUCCGAUGUGCGUUGCCGCCGCCGCCGCGCUCAGAUAGCCCAGCCUAGCUGGCGACGACGAGGAGGGGGACCGUAGCCCUAACGAUCCGGUCCCCACAUGGCGGGGAGCUUUCGCGAGGGCGCGGGGCCGGGGGACACCCACGCUCCCCCGCCCCCGCCCACCCCACCCUUCUUGCAGUUCCUCGCGCUCGACGCGCUCGCCUCCUGGGGCUCCGACCCCAAGCAGCCGCACUGGCGCCACCCCGAGCUCCGCCGGGCGCUCGCCUCCAACGACCAGACCGACGAGCUCAGGCGGAUCCGCGCCAGCGUCCAGGACUCCGCGGUCAAGGCCAAGGAGAAGGUCAGGUCGCUGCACGAGGCCAUCCAGAAGCUCGACAAGUACAAGAACAUUGUCACACGCAAGCGCCAGCGCGCCACCGAGGCGUCGUCCUCGCCCGACAAGCUCGGGGCUGCCGGUGCCUGCUCCUCGUCCACAGGCGCGCUCAGGAUGGGGGCGCAGAACAACUCUGCUGUCUUGAGCAAGCGCGUGCGCUCCUCUCUCGCUGAUGCCCGGGUGGAAGGACGUGGUAGUGUUCCUACAAGGCAAGGCCCUUUGGUUAGUAAUGAGAAAAAUUCACCUGUGGAGAAGGAAAAGAACAGUACAAGAAUAUCUGCUAUCGUCUCAGGACUUUCUGAUGAAAAAUUGCGGGGUUUAUCUACUGGCAGUGAAGGGUGGGAAAAAAAGAUGAAGCGUAGACGCUCUGUUGGAACAAUGCUCAGCAGAGGCAGUGAUGCUGAUCGAGAUGUCAAAUCCAUGGGUCAGCAUAGACCAGCCAAUGAAGCACGCCCACGAUCUAGUGAUGGCCUUGGAUAUAGACAUGGAGUUUCUGCUGGAGCACUAGCAGGUAACAAGUUGGAUGGCACUUCUCAGCAGAACAACAUUGUAUCCUGCAUUCUGCCCAAGUCAGAUGUCGAUUAUGUGGCUCAGCCAAAUGAAAGAAGAGAACGCCAUGCUGGAGUUGAAAAGGAAAGGACUACAGUAAAAGGAAACAAGGUAAAUACUUCUGAUGAUAUGCAAAACGGAAGCUUAAGUCCCCUGCCCAAGGCUAAAGCAUGCAGGGCACCAAGAACCAGUUCACUUGCUAUAAACUCAUGUUCUAAUUUCCAACGUUCAACUGGAGGAAAUGAUGAAUGGGAAGAAGCACCGUACCCAAAUAAAGUGUCACCUUUGGCGGGCAUGACGAAUCGCAAACGUUCCACACAUUCAAAUGCUUCCUCACCUCCUAUUGCCUGGGUAGGGCAACGCCCACAGAAGAUGUCACGGACAAGAAGAGCAAAUGUUGUUUCUCCAGUGUCAAAUUUUGAUGAAGUGUUAUCUGAAGGAUCACCACUUGACACUGCCACUAGAUCAGCACCUAUAGAGUCUGGCAGUGUCUUGCUGACAAAGAACACAUCAACAACCAAAAUGGAUAGCAUCCCAUCUCCUGCUGGGUUGUCAGAAAGUGAGGGAUCGGCUGUGGCUGAAAGCAAGUCCAAGGAGAAAACCAUGCAUAGUGGUGAAGUGGGGAACGAGGGUGCAAAUACAGCCCAUAAUGCAAUGGGAUUAAUAUUUUUGUCAAAUAAAAAUAGGAUUCCUUUGAAAGAAGAGCUCGAAGAUGGUGGUGUUCGUCGUCAAGGGAGGAGUGGAAGGGGUGCUAUGCAUGUCAAGGGGUGUUCUCUAAUGCCAAAAGAAAAACUGGUCACUGCAGAAACAAGAAAGCCAAUAAAAGGUGGAAGACCUGGAUCUGAAAAGAACGAGAGUAAGUUGGGGCGGCCACCAAUGAAAAAAGGCUCUGACCGCAAAGCUUCAUCCUGGCAUUCACAGGCUCUAAAUAGUGAUCUUACAGACAUAACAGGUGAACCAGAAGAUGACCAAGAGGAGCUUUUAGCUGCUGUUAAUGCUGCUCGCAGUGCUAUUGUUAGUGCCUAUUCUGGCCCUUUUUGGAAGAAAGUGGAACCCAUGCUAACUUUUAUGAGCUCAGAAAAUUUUUCUUUCUUAAAAAAUCAGAUCAACCUUGUUGAAGAGCUUGAGAUGAGCAUGUCCUGCAUGUAUGACAGUGAACAUGAUAUUAUAGCAUCAGUUGAUCACAGAAUAAUGUCAAAGAUGGAGGAGCAUUCAUCUCAGGGACUUGCUCUGUCUAAUUUCCCCCCCUCAUCCCAGCAAAGUAAAACUAAUGGAGUUGGAGCAAAAGGAUUAAUCGGCUGUUUUUCUCAUGGUGACAAAAUCCAUACUGGACCACAAAAGCUGGAAGCUGAUAAAUGGUUUAAUGAAAUGGCUCCAAUGGCACACAGACUCCUUUCGGCUUUAAUUAUGGAAGAUGACUUGCCUGAUACCAAUGGGGUGCAAAGCGAUAUACUUGUUGAAUUUCCAAAUAGCCACAACCCUUACACUGUCAACGGAUACAUGGAAAAUGAACUUCAAGCUAGUACCAUAACAUCUAAUUUUGGGCUGAGUGUGGAUUUCGUGCACUCAAACAGUACUUCUGUGGUACAUCAGAGCAUGUGCAAUGGUUUUACAAGCAAUUUCAACAAUUCAAACAGUGAAAAUUCUGUUCAUAGUGAGGAUUUAUCAGAUGGACUCAAUUUUACAGUAUACACAGAAAGUGGCCCUUUGCAUGACUUGAUACCACCGAUUCCACAGCAAUGUCAAAAUCCAGGGAAAAAUUUCCCUUUAUCUCCAUAUGAGUAUCAAUAUGGGCAGAUGUCUGUGGAAGAUAAGAUUUUAAUUGAGCUGCAAAGUAUUGGCAUUUGUCCAGAGACAGUGCCAAAGCUAGAUGACGGAGAAGAUGACAACAUUAAUAAAAUGAUUUCGGAGUUGAGGAAAAGGCUGCACGAUCAGGUGAACCAAAAGAAAUGUAGAUUACAUAAGCUAGAUAAAUCAAUUCAAGACACAAAGAAUAUUGAGGAGAGGAGCUUGGAGCAACAUGCUAUGAACAAACUGGUUGAAAGGGCAUACAGAAAACUCAAGGGUGGGCGCAUUGGCUCUAGUCACAAGGCCGGUGUCAGUAAAUCUGCCAAUAAAGCUGCGAAACAGCUUGCCUUGGCUUUUGCCAAGCGUACUCUUGUUCGAUGCCACAAAUUUGACGAAACAGGGAAAAGCUGCUUCAGUGAGCCUUCUCUUUGGAGUGUGCUGUCUGCACCCUUGCCAAGCAGUGACGCGAGAUUCACGGAGGGUGUAGAGAGGCUGAAGCAUCAGAAGCUCGACAGAACUCCAUUUGAUCAAGGUGGUGCGAAAUGGAAAAAGGGCGACAGGGAACGGGAUCACAGCAGGGAUGCGUCUGCAAAGGGCUCUGGACUGAAAUCAGGGCGCCAUUCCUCAGGCGGCAGCGGCAGGAGCGGCGGCGGCGAGCGCAAGAACAAGACGAAGCCAAAGCAAAAGCUGGCUCAGCUAUCGACUUCCGGAAACGUGCUGGGUAGAGUGGUUGAGCCAUUCUCAUCUCCAGCGGCGCAAGCGCAAGAGCCCCCUGAACCUGCAAGCGAGAAGAAGACUCAGCAUCCCUCUAGGAACGUGGCCCCGCGGCUGACCGUGGAUGCUGGACUGCCAGCAUUGCCUGGAUUAGAUGACAUAUUGGACGUCCCUGGAGGGCUGGAUGGGCAGGGCAACGACAUCAGCUCGUGGUUCACGGAUGGCCUUGACGACUCGUUGCAAGACAUUGAUCUUUCAGGCGCCCUGGAGAUCCCGGACGAUGACCUCACCCAGCUGGGUUUUAUAUGAGAAGGAAGCACUUGUUGCUUGCUCUGUGCAUAUAUGUUCUUUUUUUGGGUGCUUACCUAAUGUAUGGUAGUAGAUAUAAUUAACCGGUUUAAUCUCCCUGCCACAACCCUGUAAUCGAACCUGCAUGGCAUGGAAUGGUUAGUUGCAGAUGAGUUAUUCGAUUCUCGUAGCAGCAAGAACAUGUUGAGAUUUGCUAAUGGUAUCAUGUGGUUCUGCCUCC